AUGACUGAUUUUCAUGGGCACAUCUCCAGUUUCGUUCUGGGAGGUUGGCACCCUCCAAAAAAAGGCUCCGGACGUUGCCCGGGGUCCCCUUCGGAGAAACAUCGCCCCUGGUUGGAGGCUGGCAGCGAUGAAGAUCGGAAGUUAAACCUCAGCUUAAGUGAGAGCUUUUUCAUGGUGAAAGGAGCAGCCCUCUUCUUGCAACAGGGAAGCAGCCCUCAAGGCCAGCGAAGCCUGCAGCAUCCCCACAAGCACGCGGGUGACUUGCCCCAACAUCUGCAAGUGAUGAUCAACCUUCUGCGUUGUGAAGAUAGAAUCAAGCUGGCCGUGCGCCUGGAGAGCGCCUGGGCGGAGCGGGUCCGGUACAUGGUGGUGGUGGACAGCAGCGGGCGCCAGGACACGGAGGAGAGCAUCUUGCUGGGCGUCGACUUUUCCAGCAAGGAGAGUAAAAGCUGCACCAUUGGGAUGGUUCUCCGACUGUGGAGCGACACGAAAAUCCACCUCGAUGGCGACGGUGGCUUCAGCGUCAGCACAGCAGGAAGGAUGCACGUCUUCAAGCCCGUAUCUGUCCAGGCCAUGUGGUCCGCCCUGCAGGUCCUUCACAAGGCCUGCGAAGUGGCGCGAAGGCACAACUACUUCCCCGGGGGCGUGGCUCUCCUCUGGGCCACCUACUACGAGAGCUGCAUCGGCUCCGAGCAGAGCUGCAUCAACGAGUGGAACGCCAUGCAGGACCUGGAGUCCACGCGGCCCGACUCCCCGGCCCUGUUUGUCGACAAGCCAACGGAAGGGGCGAGGACCGAGCGCCUCAUCAAAGCCAAGCUCCGCAGCAUCAUGAUGAGCCAGGACCUAGAGAACGUGACCUCCAAAGAGAUCCGGAACGAAUUGGAGAAACAGAUGAACUGUAACUUGAAAGAAUUCAAGGAAUUCAUAGACAACGAGAUGCUCCUUAUCCUGGGACAGAUGGACAAGCCCUCCCUCAUCUUCGACCACCUUUACCUCGGCUCUGAAUGGAAUGCAUCCAAUCUGGAGGAGCUGCAGGGCUCAGGUGUUGACUACAUCUUAAAUGUCACUAGAGAAAUCGAUAAUUUCUUCCCUGGCUUAUUUGCAUAUCACAACAUCCGAGUCUAUGAUGAAGAGACAACAGACCUUCUUGCCCACUGGAACGAGGCGUACCACUUUAUAAACAAAGCAAAGAGGAACCACUCCAAAUGCCUGGUACAUUGCAAAAUGGGUGUCAGCCGCUCCGCUUCCACGGUCAUCGCUUAUGCGAUGAAGGAAUUCGGCUGGCCCCUGGAGAAAGCCUACAACUACGUGAAGCAGAAGCGCAGCAUCACGCGCCCCAACGCCGGCUUCAUGAGGCAGCUGUCUGAGUAUGAAGGCAUCUUGGACGCGAGCAAACAAAGGCACAACAAGCUCUGGCGCCAGCAGACGGAGAGCCGCCUCCAGCAGCCCGUGGGUGACCUCGCGGGGUCCGGGGACUUCUUGCCAGAGACCCUGGACGACACCCGGGAAGCCCGGCUGUCCUGCUUGGACGAUGCUGCCCAGCCUGGGUUCCCAGGAGGAGGAGGCCCCUCUCUCUCCUGCUGUUUCCGGCGGCUCUCAGACCCCCUCCUGCGUUCCCCCAGCGACGAAACCGGCGGCGUGGUCCAGCUGGAGGAUCUGGAGAAGGAUGCUCUGUUGGAGGGAGCAGCUCAGCCUCUAGCAGUGCCCACGCCAGCCAGACCUCCCCAGGAAGGCCCCGGGCCCCGUGAGAAGGAGGUGAAGAAGAAACCGGAGUUCGGGAGCCCGAAAGCCCACAGUGGCCCCUUGCCAGCGGUGGAGGAGAUGGAGAGGGAGGAGGCUCCCGGAGCAGGGCGGUGGGGGAGGUCCCCAGCCCAGCUGGAUAAGAGCCUGCUCAACCGGGAAAACCUAAAUAAUAACAAUAGCAAGAGGAGCUGUCCGGACGACUUUGAGCACGAUGCUCUAUUUGGGAUCCUCAACAAAGUGAAGCCUUCCUACAAGUCCUGUGCCGACUGCAUGUACCCUACGGCCAGCAGGGCUCCCGAGGCCUUCGGGGAGCGGCGCGAGACCCCUGGGGCCCCCGCCAUCUGCACCCAGCCAACCUUCCUGCCCCACCUCACGUCCUCCCCGUGGCCCCCGCCAGCUAGCCUUUUGGAACCUUCCAGAGAGACCCCAAAAGUCCUGCCAAAGGCCCUCCUUUUGAAGAAUUCUCACUGUGAUAAGAACCCUCCCGGCAUGGAGGUGGUGAAGGAGGAAUCGCCACCCAAGAAAGACGUGAAGCCGGCCAAGGACCUGCGGCUGCUGUUCAGUAGAGAAGCCGAGAAGCCGAGCGCGCACAGCUACCUGAUGCAGCACCAGGAGUCCAUCAUCCAGCUGCAGAAGGCGGGCUUGGUCCGCAAGCACACCAAAGAGCUCGAGCGGCUGAAGGGCGCCAGCUUCCCAGAGGAGAGCCAGGACCUGGCUCCCGACCUGCCGCCGCCUCCGGGGGCGAGUGACGAGAAGCCGGAGGCCGCCCCCGUCCCGCUGGAGGGAGCCUCGCUGAAGAGCCCCUCUCCCUUCCUCUGCCGCCUGGACCACACCAGCCACUUCUCGAAAGACUUCCUGAAGACCAUCUGCUACACGCCCACCUCGUCCUCCAUGAGCUCCAACCUGACCCGGAGCUCCAGCAGCGACAGCAUCCACAGCGUCCGCGGGAAGCCGGGGCUGGUGAAGCAGCGGACGCAGGAGAUCGAGACGCGGCUCCGGCUGGCGGGCCUCACCGUCUCGUCCCCGCUCAAGCGCUCGCACUCUCUUGCCAAGCUCGGAAGUCUUGACUUCUCCACGGAAGACCUGACCAGUGAGGCUGACCUGUCCACCAUCGCCGACUCCCAGGACGCCAAGUCGAGCGAGGCCUCCUCCUUCUUCUUGCACGAGCCCCAGGCCACCCCGCGGAACCCAGCCGCCCCCUCUAAACCAUCAGGGAAACCCGCCCCCGAAAGCUCCUCGUGGCUGAGCAAAAGCUGACCCGCCACCAGCUGAUCACAUGACCCCUCCCUGAGUCUCACCACGGGUUCCGGUCAGCCCCUCGCGUCUCGAUUUCCCUCAAACAGUGGCGUUUAAGAACUCGCAGCCCAGGAGGAAAGGGGAGUGUCUGUUGUGUGGCCAGCAGACUCUGAGCCCGAGUCACGCGUUUUCCAGGAGAAUCGUGCCUGCAGGGCAUGUACAGAUACGCACACACGUCCAAGUACGCUGUUUGCAACAGGCACAGAACAGCUGUGGUGGCGGCCUCGUCGCCAGCCUCACGGUCCUAGCUCAUUCAGCCCGCGUGGGAAAAGUCUUGGAUGGCAAUAUUAAGUCCUACCUCUGUUCUUGCUGUGCUUUUUAUGUUUAAAAUACAGUGAUGCCCAAGGCUCAUUCCAGGGAAUACUGCUGUGUCAGCAAAAGGGUUCCCAAGAAGGAAUUUUGUUGUUGUUUGGGACCCCAAAAGGUGAUAGGAUUUCUAAUGUGACCACACCGAGCCCUGCGAGGGAAAGGGAUUCGAAGGUGUCGGAGGCUGUUGUGGAACCAGCUCUGUGGGGCGUGGUCCUCUGUGCUGCCGACCCCUCGGUCCUGGCGUGUUGUUACCGCCGAGCGAUGUGCGUCUGGCCCGUACUGGGGUCCUGUGGGGAAACCGUGUGUGAUGUCCUCAGUUGUUGCUUGUGGUGGAUUUCAAAUUGCCCCCCAUCUGGGGAGAAGGACCCAGCAGCACUGUUGGUCUCCUCUGCUGUUGAGCCCCGUGGCGGGGAAGAGGUGUUGACGGUGUCUGGGAGGUCCGGGGUCCUGAGAUGCAGGCUGUCCUGCCAGGGACCCGGCACUCAGGUUCAUUCAUUGUCACAUCUGCUUGUAUUUGGGGGGAGAAAGAAGACCCAGUAGUGAGAACCGAUCGGUUCCUCCCUAAGGGCAGCGGCUGUUGAAUAGCUUCCCCAUGUUUACAGUUGCCCCUUCGUGGCGGGGACACUGCCGCCCGCUUCUCUCUGGUGGCUCCCAGUGGGUGGACGGGGCGCGGGAGGACCUGCGGUCCCAGCCCGGCUCUGAGCAGCCCCGUUAAGAGUCAGGUGAGCUCGGUGCCUCAUGCUGCCGUGGCUCUGAACUCGAGUGGAGGGUCAUCUGGUGUCGGUCAGCAAGACAUCAGGAUGUUAAAAUAUUUUGAGAAGAGAGAAGGGGCUCUGGUAGAAAGGUUGAAUUCAGGGGUCAGCAAACUGUGGUAUAUGGUCCCAUGAGCUAAGAAUGGUUUUUCACCCUUUUCAGGGGUUAUUAAAAAAAUUAACUCAUAGGCAACAAAGACCACGUAGCCUGCAAAGCCUAAGAUGUUUAUUAGCAGGCCCUGUGCAGAAAAAGUUCGCUGACCCCUGGGUUUAUUGGACAGCAGAGGGCUACCCAGAGCCCUCUUGGGAGAAACUGGGCACAUGUGAAACCUUCCGGGCCUCAUGACGCCUCAGGCCAAAUCCUUCUCCCAACCCAGACCUUGCAGCCCACCCCCAGGGUGUCUCCUGCAGGCGGGUAGCUGUGUGUGGUCGGGACACUCCCGGCUGGUCAGCCAGGUUAAUUCAGUGAAACUAGAAAGCCUUCAAGGACCAGCCAGAUUCUGAAAGUGGAUGAAUGAGUUGCCACCGGACAUUGGUCAGAAUGGGACCCCCGACAGCCACCAUUCUAGAAGCACCAGGCAGGGUUUUUGGGAACCAGGCUAGUCCAUAUUUCAACUAAUACGAGAGUUUUGUUUUUGGUUUUUUACAAAAACCCUCUCUCCAGGAACUUUUUCUCCCUGACCGUAUCCUUUUAAUUUUUAAAAAUAUAUGUUAUUUUACUUGAUAGGAAUUUAUUUUUCCCACCACCAUUCACUGAAAUCACCUUAAAAGGUGAUUAUUCACUUUCCCCAAAAACCCUGUUAGGUUUCUGUCUCUCUCUCUCUCUCUCUCUCUCUCUCUCUCUCUUAGCCAACAAAAGCAUAUUCUCAAAAAAAGAAAAAAAAAAUCAAGUCCAAUAUGUCUUGCCAAAUUAAAUUUCAUGUGGUGGAUCAAUUUUUGUGUCAAAAUAAUCCUUUAGGUUUGGUGAUGACAGGCUGUUUUGCUUUUUUAAAACCAUGUGUAUGAGAGUGAUAUAUUUUUGAAAACUUUAAUUUUGAAAGCCAUAAUUUUUCUUAUCCCGUGAAAGGGUGGGAGGAGGAUGACAAGUCUGAGUGGGUUUUUGGCUUUUGUCAAAAUGAUCGGUGCAUUUUCAGAAGCACAAUUUGUAUAUUAACAUCAAAACCAGGGCCCCAUCUUCAGAGCAAAAUGAAGAGACAUUCUUGACCCACAGACCCAGGUCAGUUGCGUGUCGACAUCUGGCAAAUUGCUACCUGAAAUAUAGUGAUGAGAGCAUCCUGCCAGGCGGGGGGGCACCUUGGCAGACAGGUCAUCAGGUCAUGCUGCUCUAUGAAGGGAAGUUUUGCCCCCCCUAAGAUGCACCGUAUCCUGACCGAUGUUCUGUCUGUAAUCUUAGCUGGUGGGGAAGAUUCUUAAGGCGAGCGGUGCGAGUGAGAGGCAGGGUGCGUGCCCUGGAAGUCCAUGACAUCGGUGACUGCCCCCUUCGUGGAAGGCCAUUGUCAAAUUGGGAGAGGACAGACAUUUUCUCAGCUUCGUUUCAUCUUCCACCUCACCUUCCCCUAGCUUUUAGUCACAUGGCACGCCAAAGGUUCGAGGGAUCUAGAUCUUCCUGUUGCACUGGUCCAGGGGGGUCACCUGGCCAGGAGUUGUUAGGUAUAAGGGGGAAAUUGAUCCUGGAGCAAGGAGAUGCGCUCUGACGAUGUCGAUUUCCAUUUCUUUGUCGUGGAGCGAUGUCUGUCAUUGCGUGAGCUUCUGAAGAACAAGGUUCUUCUUACUCGUGCGAUUUCCCUGCCUCCUUGGUCUCAGACCCCUGGGCUGGUGACAGCUCUCUGCCAGGAGAUGACACCCUGUCCACCUGGUGUGCAGGUCACUCACCGGGCCCUCAGGUGGCUGCACUGUCCAACCCCCCUCUGUCCACCCGCCCUCGCAGCUGAAGGCAUUCCAGCCCAUCCCAAAGCCUCUUCCCUCAUGGGUACGCCCAGAGGAUGCCCCAGGAUGGAGCCAAGUUUGCAAUAGAAUUAACACUUUGAGGACAGCCCUGUACCCUGGCGGUCUUGUCUCUCCCCACAGGCCCGAUCCUAGAAGGAAGAGGAAUCCCCCUGCUCCCCCGAGGCUGUUUCUAUUGGGAACAAACGCUGUAUCAUGUAGUCAAGAUCAUGUAAGUCACCUCCCCCAAGGUGUCCGAAGAGAGACUUGCUCUCUGUUGCCUGGAAAUGCUUGACGCCGGAAUACAUUUCACCCAACCCUCCCCUGGCUCCCCACCUAACAGGGCGGCCUUUUCACCUCUGGCCGUGGAGCCAGGCAGGCUGGGAAGAUGGUGACAUCUGGACAGUGCGGUGCAGGGCCGCCCACUCUGGUCCCACCCCGCAGGCUCUCGCUGACGCUGCUUGCCAAACCAAGGUAGUUGAUUGACCCAAUGCUCAGCUACUGUCUUUUUAUUGUCUGCUCUGCCAUGGAAUGCCUGUUGUGUUUGAGUUCACUCUGCAUAUAUAUAUAUAUAUAUAUAUAUAUAUAUUUGGAUAUAGAUAUAUAUAUAUAAGUAUAACUUGAAUCAUAUCAUCAUGUGCAUCACUUCUCAUUCACACACGCACCGUCCCCACGCUGUGAGGCGGAUCCCCUGGGGCGGUCUGCAGUGACACUGGGUGGUGCCACACCCUCGGUAGCUCCGGACAGGACUGCCCUGUUCUGGUCCUGGAGGAGGUGCUGCGGCCCUGGCCUCGGCCCUGACACGGGGAGGCUUCCCAGCCAGACCCCCAGUGCCCUGCUGUCCUUCCUGUCGGCUGUGCUGCACGAGGAGGUGGCUGCUUCCCCCCUCCUUGGACACUGUAAUUAUUUGUUUUACAAUUGAGUGCCUUAAUCAUAGUUUACAAAUACUGUGUAUUUAUGGGAAAGUGCUAAGCUCUCACCUUCUGUGAUUGGAUACCUGGCCUUGUCCGUGGUGGCUGGCGUUAGGGCUGGAGCUUGCCCUGCCCCGUCCUUGUGCUCAUCUGCUGUGCAGUCUCUCGCGCACGUGCACCCACACCUGUCCGAGGAGCGUGGCUCGAACCGGCUCUGGGAGUUCCUGCAGGCGAGGCCGGCCCUGGCCCACGCCUCGCGCGUCCCGUGAUAGUGAGGGAAGACUAGAACUUGGUGUGCUGGCAGCUGGGGGUGCUGACGGCAGCCCAACCCUCACCCGUUCCCCCGUCACACAGCUGUCCUCUUCUUUAAUAGAGGUUUUUAUUACCGCCUAAGCCACCCCGUUUUCCUCUCUGUUGGUGUCCUGAGCUCUUUGCAACAAAAUGCAGGUACAGACACCCUCCCCCCACCCCCACCCCCAAAAUCAGGAGCUCCACAAGAUGGUUGCCCUUUGGUUUUCAGAAGCUGCCAGUGGGUUCCAGUGUGUUGUGUAAUGAUACCAAUUUUUUUAUUAUAUUGUUUUUUUUUUAUAGUAUAUAUUUAAAAGGCAGUAUCUUUUGUACUGUGAAUUUGCAGUAGAAGAUGCAUAAUGCACUUUUUUUUUUUUACUUCUGUCGGUGUGUACUGUAUAUAGUCCGUGUGCUUCUUGUGAUGAAAAUAAACGUUUUCUUUAUAAAUGC